CAGAGAUGGCAGUGAGAGAUAGGAGGGGGCUCUCCCGCGGGAGCCCCGCGGAGUGGGGGCCGUGGCUGCUUCUGCUGCUACUGUUGGGCGGUUGCUCGGGACGCAUCCACCGGCUGACGCUGACGGGGGAGAAGCGAGCGGACAUCCAGCUGAACAGCUUUGGGUUCUAUGCCAACGGCUCCCUGGAGGUGGAGCUGAGUCUCCUGAGGCUGGGCCUUCAGGAAGCGGAAGAGAAGAGCCCGCUGGUGGGCUUCAGCCUGAGCCGGGUUCGAUCUGGCAGCAUUCGGUCGUACUCUCCCCAGGAUCCCCACGACUGCCCCCUCCAGAAGAACAGCAGCAACCCAUUGGUGGUCUUCCUCAUCAACACCAGGGACCUGCAGGUCCAGGUGCGAAAGUAUGGGGACCAGAAGGAGCUGUUCAUUUCUCCCGGCCUCCUCCCCGAGGUGUCCUCUGACCCCCAGCUCCAGAAGCCAGGGCCCCCGGCCACCCCCCACGUGGACAAUGGGCCCCCCCUGGGCAACAAGGACGAGCCUUCGCAGGUAUCUGAAGGAAGCCGGCAGGACUCCAGUGGGAAGGACAAGGAGCUGGUGCUGGGCCUGGGCCACCACAGUGACACCUACAACUUCAGCUUCCACGUGGUGAUUGGCUCCAGGGCCGAGGAGGGCCAGUACAACCUCAACUUCCACAACUGCUUCAACACCAUCCCCGGCCAGGAGCGGCCCUUCGACAUCACAGUGAGCUGGUGGGCGGACAGGCCGGCGGGCCGCGGGGGCUUCCUGUCGGCCUCCGAGAUCCCCCUGUUCAAGCUCUACAUGGUCAUGGCCUCCUGCUUCCUGGCCGCCGGCAUCUUCUGGGUGUCCGUUCUCUGCAAGAACACGUACAACGUCUUCAAGAUCCACUGGCUCAUGGCGGCCCUGGCUUUCACCAAGAGCAUCUCGCUCCUCUUCCACAGUAUCAACUACUACUUCAUCAAUAGCCAGGGCCACCCCAUCGAAGGCCUCGCUGUCAUGCACUACAUCACCCACCUGCUGAAGGGCGCCCUCCUCUUCAUCACCAUCGCCCUGAUCGGCUCUGGCUGGGCCUUCGUCAAGUACGUCCUGUCGGAUAAGGAGAAGAAGAUCUUCGGCAUCGUCAUCCCCCUGCAGGUCCUGGCCAACGUGGCCUACAUCGUCAUCGAGUCCCGAGAGGAGGGCGCCAGCGACUACGGCCUCUGGAAGGAGACCCUCUUCCUGGUGGACCUCAUCUGCUGUGGCGCCAUCCUCUUCCCUGUGGUCUGGUCCAUCCGGCACCUCCAGGACGCAUCCGGCACUGACGGGAAGGUGGCAGUGAACCUGGCCAAGCUGAAAUUGUUCCGGCAUUACUACGUCAUGGUCAUCUGCUACGUCUACUUCACACGCAUCAUCGCCAUCCUGCUGCGAGUGGGCGUGCCCUUCCAGUGGCAGUGGCUAUGCCAGCUGCUGGUGGAGGGCUCCACGCUGGCCUUCUUCGUGCUCACGGGCUACAAGUUCCAGCCCUCAGGGGAUAACCCGUACCUGCAGCUGCCUCAGGAGGAUGAGGAGGACGUGCAGAUGGAGCAAGUGAUGACGGACACCGGGUUCCGGGAAGGCUUGUCCAAAGUCAACAAAACAGCCAGCAGGCGGGAGCUGUUGUGAUUGGCCCCCCUUCACCCACGCGUUCCGUCCUGCUGCGCCCCCAGUGCACGUGCAGAAGGAGGGGGCCUGGGGCCGAGGAGGCGGCCGCCCCCAGGACCGGCCUCCAGAGCCCAUUGUGCAGCAGACCAAGCUCCACUUGCCCCCAAGACGGGGCAGGGCCGCCCUCAUUCCGGAACCACCGCCACGCCCACCUGUCCAAUAAUGACCAGUCUGUUUUGC